ACCAGCCUCAGUGACAAGGAGAUGGGUUCACAGGUCUCUGAGAAAGUGAAGCUUCUUGUAGCUGUGCUUGCGCUCCAAUUCUGCUAUGCAGGGUUUCACAUAGUUUCCAGGACUGCACUCAACUUGGGUAUCAGCCAAAUAGUGUUCCCAGUUUAUAGGAACAUCAUUGCUUUGGUUCUGUUGGCCCCCUUUGCAUAUUUUCUAGAGAAAAAAGAUAGACCACCCCUUACCAUAUCCUUCCUCUUUCAACUCUUUCUUCUAGCAUUAUGUGGGAUAACUGCUAACCAAGGAUUUUACCUGUUGGGCUUGUACUACCUAUCUCCAACCUAUGCUUCUGCAAUUCAGAACUCAGUUCCAGCCAUAACAUUUGUCAUGGCAGCAGCUCUAAGGCUUGAACAGAUCAAUAUCAAUAGCAGAUAUGGUGUGGCAAAGGUGGUAGGAACAGUAGCUAGCAUUGGAGGUGCCACCAUUAUUACCCUCUACAAGGGCCCUGCCUUGCUGAAUGGCAAGUUUUUCCUUUUUGCCUCUUCCAACACGAUCCUGAACUGGACCCUUGGUUGUGUCUACAUCCUCGGCAAUUGCAUAGCAUGGUCUGGUUGGAUGGUGCUUCAGGUUCCAGUGCUCAAGAAGUACCCUGCAAGGCUCUCAGUCACCACAAUUACCUGCUUCUUUGGUCUAAUCCAGUUCCUCAUUAUAGCAGCCUUUGCAGAGAAGGACAUAGAAAGGUGGAAAGUCCACUCAGGAGGGGAACUUUUCACCAUCCUCUACGCUGGUCUUGUAUCAUCAGGGAUCUCUUUCUCCCUCCAGAUUUGGUGCAUUGAUAGAGGAGGUCCUCUUUUUGUAGCAGUCUUCCAACCAGUGCAGACUGUGGUGGUGGCCAUUAUGGCAGCUGUUAUACUUGGUGAUGAGUUGUACUCAGGAGGGAUAAUUGGAUCCAGUUUUAUUGUUCUUGGACUCUACUUUGUUCUCUGGGGAAAGAGUGAGGAGAAGAAGGCAACACAAGUUGUAUUGAAAAAGGAUCUAACAAGGCAUCUCCUUGAUGAAGAAAAUUCACAUAAAGAAAUUUGUGCAGUUCCUGAGAUCCCAUGAGAUUACAAAGUGCUGUUUAAUUAGCUUAAUUAAUUAACAACCUCUUCAUAAUCAAUGUCUUGUCCAUCCUGUACAUGACAGUGUGAGUUGUGAUUUGUGAGAAUCAUGUACAAUUGUUAAAAAAAAUGUAGGUCUGUUAAUUGAUGGAGAAACCUCUGAAUGCUUAAAGUAAAGGAGAAACAAGACCUUAAAUGCAAUGUUGUAAUCAUGAGAUGCUUCCAAAUUUUCAAGGAAAGAAUCCACUAUGCGUGAUUUUCAGCUAUUAAAAAUCAGGCAGCAU